CGAGGAAGAUAUAGAUAGGAGAAUUCCUGGCUGACACAUUCCUCGCGUAGCUGUCCGUGUGCGCCCGCCGUUGAAACCGACCGACCCGGGCUUCGAGCUCAUUCCUCAGCGUUUCCAGCGCUCCAUGGUCCACGUUACGUCGCCGACCAAUCUUGCUGUCGAUGUGCCCCAGGGCCGCAAGUUGUUUGUCUUCGAUCGCGUGUUUCCCGAGACGGUCGACCAGGAGGGCAUCUGGGAGUAUCUCAGCGACAGCGUCAACUCAUUUGUCCAGGGAUACAAUGUCUCCAUUCUCGCCUACGGCCAGUCGGGCGCUGGCAAAUCGUACACGAUGGGAACCGCGUCCCCGAACGAACAAAGCGAUACCAAGGGGAUGGGCAUUAUCCCUCGUGCGGCCCAGCUGCUGUUUGAAAAACUCGAUGGCACGGUCAAAUCGAAUCGUAACAGUGUCUCCGGCUUGCGCACACCCACAAGAUACUCCAUGAACUCCACUACUAGCAUUGGGAAGAAUGCCCUGGAGAAGAACUGGCAACUCAAGGCCACCUAUGUCGAGAUCUACAACGAGCACUUGAGGGAUCUUCUUCUCCCCGAGUCCACACCGCAGGGUGACCGCACGACGGUGACCAUCCGAGAGGAUACCAAGGGUCGUAUCCUUCUCACCGGCUUGCACCAGGUGAAUAUCAACUCAUUUGAAGACUUGAUGAACGCGUUGCAUUUCGGUUCGUCGAUCAGACAGACAGAUUCCACGGCGAUCAACGCCAAGUCAUCUCGAUCGCAUGCCGUCUUCAGUUUGAACCUGAUUCAGCGCAAGUCCGCCUUCCCCUCGGUUACUUCGCCCAAGGAUAAGCGUAUGUCGAUGCCCGUCGAGUCCCUCUCGGGCUCGGACGCUUCGGUCACCGUCGACAGCAAACUGCACUUUGUGGAUCUGGCGGGCAGCGAACGGCUCAAGAACACCCAGGCCUCCGGCGAGCGCGCCAAGGAAGGAAUCUCGAUCAACGCUGGCCUGGCCGCUCUGGGCAAGGUCAUCUCUCAGCUCUCGUCCCGCCAGGCCGGCUCGCACGUCUCGUACCGUGAUUCCAAACUCACUCGACUGCUCCAGGACUCGCUCGGCGGAAAUGCUAUCACCUACAUGAUCGCCUGUGUCACCCCGGCCGAGUUCCAUCUGAGCGAAACCGUCAACACCGUCCAGUAUGCGCAGCGCGCCAGGGCCAUCCAAAGUAAGCCUCGGAUUCAACAGGUGGCGGAUGACGGCGACAAGCACGCGGUGAUUGAGCGAUUGAAGGCCGAGGUCGCGUUCCUGCGCCAGCAGAUUCGUAACGCCGAGGGUAACGACCGUCGGAGCAUUGUGCCCCAGGACCGAUCGGAACGGCAGAAUGAGCGGGAGAUGGAGCUGCAGAACCAGUUGCUCGACACGCAGGAAAGCUAUAAUGCGCUCAGUCAACGCCACGCGCGGCUCAUCGCCGAGCUUACCAACCAGACCGAGGGCACCAACGGCGAGGCUGAUGAGGGGACCACGAGCUCGGUCGAAAGGCUCAAGCGCUCUUCCUCCUUUGCCCAGUCUGUGGAGCAGGUCGUUCUCGAGUACGAGAAGACUAUCCAAAGCCUGGAGUCGUCUCUCUCCAAUACGCGCUCGUCCCUGGCGGUCACGGAGAGCACCCUGCUCGAGCGCGAGACCAAGUGCGCCUACAUCGAGACCGUCAACUCCCAGCUGCAGACGCGAAUUCAGAAGAUGGUCGACCGCGAAGUCAACACCGAGACCUACUUGCGAGACCUGGAGUCAAAGCUUGACGGCCACUCGUCAGGCGAGGAGAAGCAGUCGGCGAUCGUCAACGAGCUGCGCAAGGAGCUCACCCGGGCUCGCGAGAGUGAAGCCAGCUGUGAGGAUUACAUUUCGACCCUUGAGGAACGUCUGGCCGAGGCCGAUCAGGACAUGGAGCUCAUGCAGAGAGAGAUGGAGCGCCUGGAGCAUGUGAUUGACCGCCAGCGCAGCCUGGGCAAGCUGGACAACCUGCUCUAUGAGCUCGAUCAUCUCAGCCAGCAAAACAAUCAAAAUGGAAUCGUGCCGGAAGAAGAUGCUAGUUUCGAGGAGAUUACUCCUCAUCAGCCGGUGGUGACACCGAUGAAGAGCGCCCAGCAUGGUCGCAAGCGAACCAUGUCUUCAGCACUAGACGUGCUGACUGAGGCGGUUGAGACGGCCAUCCCAGAAUCCGACGAUGAUCUGGUCGAACCGAUCCCCGAAGUCGAUGACGACCGAACGAUGGAAUCGGAACUCACCCCCGCGGCGGAAAAGCCCUCCGGCGACGGCGAUGACGACGACAACGACGUCGACGAUAGCGAUGACCUGCAAACUUUGGAAAAGGUAUCCAACCAUCUGGACUUGAGCCACGGCCACCAUUUUCACGAGUACGAGCCGCCGAGCCCGGCGCAGUCCAAAUUUGUGGCCGACAAGCUGGAGACCGUCACCCAGGAGCUUUUCGACCUGCGCAUGCAGCACGAGGCGACUAUGACCGACUAUGAGCUCCUGGAAGCCAAGUACGAAGAAGCACUGAAAGCACUGGCCGAAAUGCAACAGGACGCCGCUGACGAGGUUCGCCACCCGGCCGCGGCCGUCCACGCCCUCCUUUCCCAGACCGCUGCCUCCCGACCGGUGUCUUUUUUAGGCGAAGGCAAGACUCCAGAAUCCGCCAGGACUGGAGAUCGACGGGCAUUCUCGCAAUCGCUUUCCUCGGAAUUGUCCUUGGUCGGGGAGUCGGGUGUUGCCUCGCCGGAGGCCUCGCCUCGUACCCUUGAAACGGAACAGGAGCCCGAGCAGGAACACUCCCAACAAGAGGAACAAGAAGAGGAACAACAACAACAGGAACAGGAACAAGAACAGCCGCAGCAAACAGAAAAACCAGAGAACGGCGAAGAGUUCCAUAGUGCUCCGGCGAGUGCUCUCAUGAGCGCCGCAGAAAGCGUGGUAGGGAGCGAUGAAACCGCCGCGGCGCAGGAGAUGGAAAACAUGCGUCGACUGCUGGGCGAGCACCAGGAAGGGGUGAGCAUCAUGACACAAAAGUACGCCCAGCUGCAGGCCGAGCACGAGGAAACGCUGGGCCUGGUCGAGACGCUCAGAGGGGAGCUUCAGCGGACGCGGUCGGCUUCGUCCCCGCCCACAACGCCCGGCUUCAAGACGCCGGUGAUACGCCGGGUAACGAGUCAGAACCUGAUGUCAACGGUCGACCGGGCGCACCGGUCGCUGGCCGCCCUGCGCAACAUUGCCAUCGAGGAAUUCGACGGCCGCCCGGACACGAUGCAGAAUUUCGAGGUCCACCUCGACUCGGCGAUGCACGAGCUGCACACCCGCAUGGAACGGAUUCAGGCGCUGGAGGCGGAGAACCAGAGCGUCAAGAAGGAGAUGGAGAUGAAGACGACCAUCAUCUCCGGGCUGACGCGCGAGCGGUCGAGUUUGCAGGGCGCCUCGCCCGUCGACCGGGGCCUUGUGUCGCAGCUGCGUGACCAGGCAGUGCAACAGGAACAGCAGAUCCACGCCCUCAUGGAGGCGCACGAUCUGCGGGAGAAGGAGCUGCUGGCGGAGAUCGAGGCCCUGAGCGAUCUGGUCAAGACCCAGGCGGAAGCGCAGGUCGAGGCCGCCGGUGGGACGGAGGCCCAGGCGCAUCGGAUCGGCGCCCUGGAGGAGGAGCUGGCCGAGUGGAAGGGAAAGCACGCCGCGGUCGUCGAGGCCCUACAGACCUCCGAGAGCAAGCUCACCACUUCUCUCGCCGAGCUCGAGGCCGCACUGGUCUCCAUCGAGGCCCUGCACGCCGAGCGCGAUGUGGCCGAGCGGGCCACCGGCGAGAGGGAUGCCGCCACCCAAGAAGCAUCCGAGAGCGAGCGCGCCGUGCAGCAGGAGCUGGUCGAGAGCCUGAACGGAGAGAUCGCCGGCCACAAGGCAACCAUUGCUACCCAGCUGGACACCAUUGCGGGCCUGCAGCAGUCUCACGACGAGGCGCAGGAGCGUCUGUCCGAGGCUCUGUCCGACAGGGAGGGCACGGCGAGCGCGAUAGAGACUCAGCGGUUGCGCAUCUUCGAACUGGAGCAGGAGAUGGAGAACCACCACGCCACCGUGGACGCGCACCAGAAGGAGCUGCAGGCUCUGGAGGAGUCUCACAAGCGCCAGCUGGAGGAGCUCGCGGCCAGCACCAAGGCCGCUCUACAGGCGGACGCCGAGUCACGCCUCGCCGAGCGGGACGCGGUGCACGACGCCGAACACGUCAAGGUCGCGGAGAGCCUCAAGGCCGAGAUCCUCGAGUCCCGGCAGGAGCUGGCCAAAAUGCUGCAGACGGUAUCGAAGAUCCUCCGGUCGGAGGUGACGCCGGAGUCGUUGUCGGACCAGAUCGAGGACGUGGUGUCGCAGAAGCAGCACUUCUCGGAGAAGUACGUGGAGAUGAUGGAGGCCAACGAGGAGCUGAACCGCAAGCUGCAGCAGACGAGCAGCCUCGACAGCCGGGUGGAGGAGCUGAACCUGCAGAACUCGGUGCACGAAGCCAAGGUGAACGAGCUGGCGCUGCUGGUGGCCACGCUCGAGGACACCAUGCGCCAGAAGGACGAGCAGAUCAAGAAGAAAGACAGCAUCAUCGAGGAGAUUGCGGCCGAGAAGCAGAAGAGCAUCCGGCUGGUCGAGGACGUCUGUCCGUCAUCCAGCAGGAGCGCGACCAAGCCCUCGAGGACGCCAAAACCAAGAUCUCCCAGUACGAAAAGGAGAUCGAAACGUACCAGGUGCGCAUGGAACAGUUGGAGCUCCAGCUCAAGAACAGCGGCCCCCAGGAGCACUCACACGACCGCAGCAGCUCUCUGACGUCCAACCUGCGCAAGAGCGCCUCUGCGGCGUCUCUGCCCUCGCCGCCGCCAGCAAUCCCUCUGCCGCCGCUGCCAACGAUCGCGUCGACGACCUCUGGCGGCUCCGGCAGCAUCUCCCCGCCAGCCUCGCGGCACGCGAGCAAGGAGCUGGUCAGCGCCCAGCUGGUGGAGGACCAGGAGGCCCGGCUCCGCACGAUCGAGAAGCACCUGUACGCGGAGAAGCAACUGACGGCGACGCUCGAGGAGGCCCUCGGCGACCUCGAGUCCCAGAGCAACAAGGUCAAGAACGACUGCGAGA